GAUACUUUUCAUGUUCGGUUUUGUCGUCUGUCCGUUGAGUCGUCUGCAAUUUCGUCGUGUCGGUUUAUUGUUGUUUCAAUUUAAUUAGAACCGGUUCUAAUUAAAUGUUCUUAUUUAUUACAUAUUAUGUGAUAUUUUAACUCUUAUUACUACAAAGAAAAACAUCUAUUCAAAAACCAUUCUGCCCAGAUCAUAAAACAUGAAGUCAGUCAGAAUAGGAGUGACCUGCUAUAACUCAGCGUUCGGCCAAGCUAAACGCAGUUUAUCCUCUAGUUCCAAAACUAAUCUUGGUGUAAUCGACGUUUUGCCUGAAGUGAAGGAAGCGCUCAACAGUAAAACGCCAGUUGUGGCUUUGGAGUCCACCAUCAUAACCCAUGGCAUGCCUUACCCAUCCAACCUAGAAACGGCCCUUGAUGUGGAGGAUAUUGUCAGAAAACAGGGAGCUGUACCAGCAACCAUAGGGGUGAUUGAUGGACGUGUGAAGGUUGGUCUCAAAAGAGAAGAGUUGGAAAGAUUGGCGCAACCUGCUUCUCCGGAACGGCCAGUUGUCAAGAUAUCAAGGAGGGAUUUUCCAUUCGUUUUAUCAAAGAAAAUGGAUGGUGGUACGACAGUGGCCGGUACUGUAUUGGUAGCUGAAAAAGUCGGAAUCAAAGUAUUUGUCACAGGAGGAAUAGGUGGAGUACAUAGAGACGUGGAGACCAGCAUGGAUAUCAGUGCCGAUCUAAUGGAAAUGUCUAGAAGCUCCGUCACAGUUGUGUCUAGUGGAAUCAAAUCCAUACUGGACAUUGGACGAACCCUCGAGUAUCUAGAAACGUUGGGUGUAUGUGUGGUUACAAUGGGAGACAGCAACCGGUUUCCCGCCUUUUACACUAGAGAGAGCGGCCAUCAGUCUCCAUAUCAUGUGAAAAAUGUAGAUGAAGCUGCCGAACUUAUAUCAAGUCUGCAUACUUUGAAAAUGAACUCUGGAGUUCUGUUAGCUGUUCCUGUGCCGUUGGAAGCUGAACAGAUUGAUUUUGCCAGUAUGGAGGAAGUGAUCUCCCAGUGUUUGAGGGAUUGCGAAGAACAGGGAAUAAAAGGAAAAGCUGUCACUCCCUUCGUCCUUGAAAGAGUGAGCAAACUAACGAAAGGAAAAUCGUUAGAAACAAACAUCGCCUUAAUAAAGAAUAAUGCCCUGGUUGGAAGCAGGGUUGCCACAAAACUUGAAGCAUUGCUCUCCAGUUCUGAGCAUGUAGAACAUGUGAAUAGUAUGCCGCAAGCUGUUGGCCAAAGUUCACUGAAACAUGUCAGCAGUUCCAAGGCAUCUUUAACUUCAUCUUCAACCCAGCAACCUCUGGUGAUCGGAGGCUCCAAUCUUGACUGCGUGGUGAUAGCUACUGAUUCACUCAAGAAGGACAAUGCACUUUCAGCUGGCAGUGUGCGUCAUAUGGGUGGUGGGGUGGCCCGCAACAUGGCCGAAGCCCUGUCCCGGCUGGGUUGUCAUCCGUGUCUACUGUCAGCUGUUGGAAAUGACAACAUUGGCCAGCUAUUACUCCAAUUGACACCUCCCACUGUUGACUGUAGCAGAAUAAAGAUGGAAGACACGAACUCAGCUAGCUGUGUUGUAGUGAUCGAUAACACUGGUGAAAAUGUGCUGCUCGUUGGGGAUAUGUCCAUCCACAAUCGUUUGAACAAGCAAUAUAUUUCAAAUAAUUUCGACAAGUUGAAGAACAGUUCAAUUGUUGUGAUGGAUGGUAAUGUACCUGAUGACACCAUGGAAUUCGUUAUCAAUGAGUCUUAUUAUCAUGGAAAACCAGUAUGGUUUGAGCCGACCGAUAUAGUCACCGCCAAUAAGGCAUUCAAAAGUGAGGCAUGGAAAAAGCUGCGUUUCACCUCACCAAACUUCAAAGAGCUUCAAGAAAUUUCAAUCGCUACUGGUCUCGCAUCAGCUACAAGUAAAUUUGAAUCUAUGACUAGAGAUGAAAUAAUAGAUGCUUCUUUCAAAAUGGCGGCGCUGUUGGCAGAGCAUAUUGAGACAGUUAUGGUUACACUGGGACAACAUGGAGUGAUGAUGGUAGGCAGAGAAUCAGCCACUUCAACUAUCACCGGUCGUUACUACAGUUUGUCCUCAGACCUCAGACUGGAUAUAGCAAGCGUCUCAGGAGCUGGAGAUUGUUGUGCAGCGGGCUACAUUCGAGGCUGGCUGACGGGACUCCCUGAAUCCAGCUGUAUGUCUCUGGCAUUCGCGUCGGCUGUAGAUUCUCUCCAUUGUUUCGAUACUGUUCCUAAGCAAUUCACCACCGAACCUCAGGACAUAGCUAAGCAUAUGAAGCUCACACUCAUCACUUCCUGAGGAGGAGAAGAAGGAGAAGAAGAAGAAGAAGGAGGAGGAGGAGGAGGAGGAGGAGGAGGAGGAGGAGGAGAGGAGGAGGAGGAGGAGGAGGAGGAUGAGGAGGAGUAGGAGGUAAUGGUGAUGAAGGAGGUGAUGAUGAAGAAGGUAAGAGAAAAAUGAUAAGUGGGAGAAAAAGAAGGAGAAGAAGGUGAAGGAGAAGAUGUAGAAGUCGAAAAAUAUAAUCAAUAGUUGGUAUAAAUGUUCAAAUAUAAUAUCUGUGGCUUGGUGCAAGGAGUACCUAUGUCAAAAUAUCAACUUUCUCACAAAUCAGCUUGAAAGUUCACCUUGUAUUUUCGAACAACGGCAUUUCAAUACGGAAAUGCGAGUGCUAGAAGUGCAGAAGUCGACAUUGCUAUUUCUGGCACAGAGUAUGAAUGACAAUCUAAAAACAUAUGUCUUCAUUGAUAGUUUUCGCACUCUGAUCUCUGAUAGUGGAAUAACAGUUAUUAUAAUUUAGUUACUAAAUCAUGACAUUGGUAGUAUAAAUUGUAUAACUUUUUAUUGCUUUUAUAGGACAUUGGCACUUCUGGAACUGAAAAUAAUCUAUAUUACCUAGUGAUCAAGCAACCAGAGCUCAAGCAUUAGCUUUUCUGGGAGAGCCCAUUAUUUCAAUAUUAAAAUAAAAGAAAACAUUCGUUGAAUAUGUUUUUAAAUUAGUUAAGAUUAUAAUUAGUUAUAACAUUAUAAGAAUGUUUUUGUUUCACUUGUUUGUAAAAAAAAGAAUUGCAAUAAAUUGAUUUGAUUUGAUGUAUUAAACUCGUUUUUGAAAAUAAUUGACAUUGGUAGUUUUUGCACCAGCCACAGAUAUAUAAGCGGAUAGUUUAAAAUUAGAAGCAUAUAGUUCUGGAAGACAUAAUAUUACAGAACAUCUUGUGGAUUGGAUUGUUUAAUUUAUUGUAAUUUGUGAUACAUUCCGAGUUUAAACCACCUGCUAUUCCGGAUAUUCAGCUAUAUGCAAGGGAGUGCAUCAGUUCGUCAAGUUUUCAGUUUUCAAUUACCUACCCAUUUUUA